AAAACCUGAAUCAUAUUAUUCAGGAGCUCAAUAGAAGUGAUUCAUCCUCUUUCAAAAUCACAAUUUUUUCUCGAGCGAAAAAUCCAAAUUUGACAAUGUGUGCUGAAAUAGGAGAAUAUGCUCCUGCGUUAAGUCAACCAACUAUUUUAAUGGAACCUGGUUGUUACAGAGUCAAAAUAAAGAAUAUUUCAGAUGUCAUGGAAUUUUUCUCGUCACAAACUUCAAACUUCUUUUGCAAUACAUCUGGUAACGGUGAAGCAGAGCAUACAAAAAUACCAAUCCUCAACACGAUGAACACAUACCAGUUCUGGCUAUUUGCAGUGAUAGUCAUAAUGGCUGGUGUGUGCAACAAUUCCUUAUUUACAAUGGCUGAUACUGCCUGUUAUGAGAGUCUCCAGAAAACUGGAUCAGACUAUGGAAAACAAAGACUUUGGGGUGCCAUCAGUUGGGGUGUCAUUGCACCAUUUGCUGGUUUUGUGAAUGAUUAUACAAAUAGCUACGUGACAGGGUGGUGUCUCAUGGGCAUUUUAUGCGUACUGGAAAUAUGGAACAUAUCAAGAGUGGAUCUAGUCAAACCCCACUUUUCUCAAAAUAUUCUGAAAGAUAUUGGAAUCGUCAUGCAAUCUAAAGAAUUCAUGUUGUUCACUUUUGGCGUAUUUAUGAAUGGAAUAGCUACAGGCAUAAUUUGGUUUUACCUCUCCUACUUCUUCAGCGACAUUGGGGGGAAUCGAUUGAUGAUUGGAUUAGCCCAUACUAUACAAUGCUUUGCGGGAGAACUUCCGUUUAUGUUCUACUCAGAAUGGAUGAUAAAAAAAUUGGGACAUUUCAACAUUGUUACGCUGGCAAUAUUUAUGCAUUUCCUGAGGUUCUUAUGGUAUAGCUAUUUCCGUAAUCCUUGGAUGAUGCUACCUAUAGAGAGUGUGCAUGGGUUCACUUACGGUUCAUUCUAUGCUGCAAUGACGUCUUAUGCAAAAUUGAGCGCAAAGCCAGGAACAGAAGCGACCACCCAGUCUGUUCUCUGUACAUGCUAUGAAGGCUUUGGUGCUGGUCUAGGGUGCGUAUUAGCUGGAAUUAGUUUUGAUGCAUAUGGGGGCUUCAACACAUUUUUUUAUGCUAGUAUGUGCUGCGCUUGCGCUGCCCUGAUUAAUUUUGCAUCUACUGUAUAUCUACAAAGAAGAGGAAAGACUAUCAGUUUUUCCUCCCAUGUUGUAACUUAA